AUGUCUACAAACACAACAGCGAUGGAUUCUUUGCUCACCGCAACAAUCCUCUCCCGAACGCCUCUCACCUACUCUGUCAACAUUGCCCUAUACAGCUAUCUCACAACUCACACCUCAGAUCUCGCACUUCUGCUCUCUUCCCACAGGGAAAUAUACUUCAGUCGCUUCGAAUACUACACCCACCGCCUCACAACCUUCAUCCAAGCUAUUAUCCCUCAUGCGCUUUCCAGCAGCGCUCAAGCUUCCUCCUCCAGCAGCACCCAACCAAAAUCGAAAGGGUCGGGGUUCACAGCAGGUGCUCACACAGUACUUCCAAUCCCAGAAACAUUUAUCACAAACCUCAUCCACCCUCUCUUUAAGUCAGCUUCUUCCUCUGUGGAUGAAAGUCAUUUUUUCUGUAGCGUAGAGUUCUUGGAUCUUAUUACGGCAGUGCUGGAGCUCUACAUCCCGCAAGCUUUGAAUUCAAAAGCAUCUCUGAAGCCACUUAGUUCAGUUCUAGAAUGUCUCCUAUAUAUUCCCGACACGACGCCCGGCGUCGGGCUACUCGAGCGCCUCAUCUCCUCAAAGGCAGGCGGUGACGUGCUGAAGAAGCUGAUGGCAUCGAAGAGCACCGUUGCAAAGGUUUUCAAUGCUCAGCUACUAGAGUUCUAUACGUGCCGUGUCACUCUACUAGUGGGAUCAUGUUUGGUAUCCCACGGCACGAGUGUCGAGGGCGCUCUAUCAGACUGGGUAGAGAUUGUAAUCCUCAAAUCGGUGCUAGAGGACUUUGAGAAGCAGCUGGAGGCACACAAUCUACGGCCCACACGCAUAACUGGAGAUCCAAAGAAGGCUCUGAGAAAGCAGAUGAAGGCCGCAAAACAACUCCCAGAUCUAGAAAAGAUGCGUGCGCUAAAACCAAAAUCGGCAGCUGAUCUAAGAAGCCAAAACAUCUUCUCCGCCCUAGCAGUGGAGGAACUGGCUGAAGAGCUAUCGACACGACUACCGCCGCAAGGUCAGGUUAUCGAGAUACCAAGACCGCAGCUAGAUCAACACUCCUUUAUUAUGUUUCGGAGGCUGUUGGGCAAUAAUGUAAAAUCGCCACAGUCAGUUCCUGAUGUACAGGAAGCGUUGAAGACACUGAAAACACUGAUAACUUUCCAGACACUGGCAAAGAUCUUGGGGAGUUUUCCGUGCGCCUCGUGUUGUAAAGUGUGCGCUGGGGAUGUGGUAAGAGGAAAGGGUUUCUAUGAUGUGGAGCCAGGGAUUAGGCUUCCGGAAAGGAGCAACGUAGAACGUAGUACUGUCGCCCCGGAGAUAGUCCAUCACAUAGGCGGGAGCCUGGCAGAUAAAGAAAAACCCAAGGGCGGGAAGAGCAAAAAGAGUAAAAGCAAGGGAAAAGAAAAAGUCAAAAAACCCGAAGAACUACGCCAGGCCGAAAAAGCCGAUGAAGCAAAAUCGCUCCCACCACCGGAAUUACCAGAGGAUCAUGAGCUAUCGAACACCCUCCGCGCCGAAGAUGGAAACCCCGAAUCUAGUACCUAUGAUCCCUCUUCCAUGUUUCCACAACUAGCGGGGCCAUGGCGAGUGAUACUUUCGACACAAGCAAUGAAGGACCUAAUGGGUACGCAGCACAAUGGGACAUUCCAAAUAGUCAAGAAGAUACUGGAGGAGCUAGCAACUGGAUACUGGAACCGCCGUAGUUUGACAAGACCGCAUUUACUCGCGGGAACGAGCGCCAAUUCUAGUAAGUUACCUAAUAUUCCUCCUAGCGACCACGGGGCAAGGAAGAAAGGCGCAAAGAACGAAGACAAAGAGCCGGAAUGGAUCUUGGAAGAAUGGCAAGGCAAUGGCGGCGAACGUGCAGUGUUGAAACUGUAUAAAGCUGUCUACGGUAAGAAUUAUAGAGUUUUGUGGGGCGUCGAGGCCGCUUGGGACGAGCUGGAGGGCGGCUGGAGACAGAUAAUUAAGAUAUGGAGGAUAGGCGAUCAUAAAGAGAUUUUGGAGAGUAUUCCCACCGUUCUCAAGACGCAUAAAGGAUACAGCAAUAACUACAUUCGAGGAUGUAAGUUGAGGCAAUUAGAGACGGGAAAGGGUAGAACCUUACGUCACUUACCCGCAAGGUUCGUGCUGAGCGAGGACAUUCUGAAGCGGGAACAAUUCGGAGCCACAGGAACCGACUCGGGCGGGAAUAAACUAUCAAGGGAGGAAGCUCUGGGCUUACACGAAGCUCUCACUACCGGUAAGUUUUAUACACUGAACGAGCAAAUGUUUGAGAGUAUUCAGGCAUCUAAAAAAUGCGGAGUGCUACCGGAAUUUGCAUUCGACGUGAGCGAGGAGGAGACGGAGAUAGUCAGGUGGUGGAAAAGCUCUGUGUUGAUUUUGGGACGCAGUGGAACUGGAAAGACGACUUGUUUGGUUUUCAAGCUGCUGGCCGGCUAUCUUACACGAACAGGCGCUGGGUUAGAGCCUCGACAGCUUGGGAGAUUGGAUAACCCACUAUUGGAAGUUGAGCAAAAUGACACAGGGGCCCACGUAAUUCGGGAAAGCACAGACCAUGAUCAUGACGAUGCAGAUAGAAACCUUUUCACUAUUGGAAAAGAUAGCUGGCCCCUCGUCUGCACCUUUGAUCAAUUUUGUGGACUGUUAGAGAAUACGCUCAAGAUUUCUGAUCGCACCGACUUCGCACCAGCCAGUUCGGCAGAAAUACAGUUAAACUGGGAGCACCGCAGAGUUGACUUUUCAAAGUUUAAGCGGGCCUAUUGGCCAUCUUUCUCGUUAAACUUAAGGAAGGGAAUCUCGGUCGAAUUGGUAUUCGCCGAAUUGAUGGCGGUAAUCAAGGGCGGAAACUACGCUUCUGACUUUCUCCCGUUAACAAAGCAAAGUUAUCUGAAACUUUCUUCUCGGCUAGCGCCCACCUUUUUGGAAGGCAGCAAAGAGCGCGAGACUGUUUGGAAGAUGUAUGAGUUAUAUGAGAACCGCCGGCGAGGCCUAGGGGAGUGGGAUGAUUUGGAUAGAUGUAAAGAUAUACGUAAGGGUCUGAGUAAGGAUCGCGAGCUUUUGGAACGGCUACAAACAGCUAUUGGGGAGUGCUAUGUGGAUGAAGUACAAGAUCUUCGUGUUGGGGAGAUCGAAAUUUUGUUGCGGGUGGUAGGUAACCCAAGAGGGGUGCAUCUGGCUGGUGACACCGCGCAGUGCAUAAGUCGCGAUUCUACCUUCCGGUUCCAAGAUAUUAAGGCACUGUUCUUUCAACUUUUUGGGUCAAUGGUGAUCAAAGGAGGGCAUGGGUCUUCAAAAACAGCUGAAGAGAGUUUGGAGAAACCGAGGCUGUUCUUGUUGGCAAAGAAUUAUAGGAGUCACCAGGGGAUUUUGGCAUUGGCAAGUAGUGUGGUGGAUCUUCUCUGGAAAGUGUUCCCUGAUGUGAUAGAUAAACUACAGCCAGAAGUCGGCAACUACUUGGGUCCGAAACCAAAACUAUUCAUUGGAUUUUCGUCGGAUAUGUUUUCCAAGAAACUAUUUGGCGCAGUCGAUGUGGUGGAAAAUAUCGCGGAGUUCGGUGCAGAGCAGGUCAUUCUGGUCCGUGAUGAUGAAGCAAGAAACACUCUGCGGGACGAGAUUGGUACGAUUAAUCUUAUCCUCACGAUCGUAGAGAGCAAGGGGAUGGAGUUUGAUGACGUUCUCCUCUUCAACUACUUCUCUGGAAGCCCAGCGGGUCCAAGCUUCAGAGCUUUGGUCUCCAUGGAGGAGGAUUUGAAAACCAAACAAGGGACAGGACUCUUAGGGUUUGACAGAAGAAAGCAUGCUGUCCUCUCGGCGGAAUUGAGAGGGCUGUAUGUCGCUAUCACUAGACCACGAGCUAGGCUCUGGCUAAUUGAAGAACAUGAUGAAAACAUAACGGCAAUGGCGAGGCUCUGGAGUAAAGGCCCUGACGGUGGGUUAGUGGAUAUUGUUCUCAGGGGUGAUAAAAAUGCCGCGGAUAUGAUGAAGGAUAUGAGACAAGGCAAAAGCAACACGCCGGCUGACUGGUACCGAAAAGGCCUUGAGUUCUUGGAAAAAAGGCUUUGGCAUCCUGCCUUGAGGUGUUUUCAGAGUGCUGGAGACUCAAUUGGACAGAGUCUCUCUAAAGCACACAUCUUGGAGCAGAAAGCAAUUGACAUUUGCUACAGAGAACCUGCCGAGUCUGUGCUAUUAUUCAAACAGGCUGGCACACUUUUCCGCGAAUCAAACCAUCCAAAGCAAGCAUCCAAAUGUUUCGUCACCAUUUACGACUGGAAAUCAGCAGCUGAGGUUUGGAGAAGUACUGAUCACGACCGUGCUGCUCUCUUUUAUGACAGGGCGUCCCUUUGGAAGGAAGCAGCGGAACAAUACUAUCUUUGUGGAAACUUCGAAAAGGCAGCAGCAGCAUAUAGUGAAGGGCAUUAUUUCGUCGACCUACUCCAAUACCUCAUUGAUCAUGGCCAUAAAAUGAAGCCUGUGAACUUUCGCAAGUUUGCCAGACUCGUUAACGUGUUAUUUAGAAGUCAAAAGGAUGCCGAUAAGGACUUGAAACUUAUGGCAAUAACGCUACUGGGUUCAGACUCCGAGAAGGAGGCCUUUUUAAUCCAGUAUGACAUGACCCGUGAACUAAUACAGCACUAUAUAACGACGAAGCAAUUCAUGAAGGCCGUCAAUACGUGUCUGAGCUUGGGGGAUUAUGCUCAAGCUAUUCAGAUCAUCGAGUUUAGAGCUUUCGGGAACGAUUUCACCACCGACCUAUUGGAUGAGAUUUUCGGCUGGACAGAGACUAAACGCCUGCAACGUUCGGUUGACGACUUCCUGAGAUGCCAAGGUUUAGAUAUAACUAAGAGUCGCCCUUCCAUACUGAGUUCCCAAAAAUCCUUUGCUAGAGAACAGACAAAGAACAAUUGGAGGGUUUUGGAAAGAUUCGUCAUGGGUCAAUUUCAGGAGCGGAGAGUUUCCGCGGACGAAACCAAGUGGAAUGACAUUGGCGAAGAUUUACAAUUGACCGCCGAUUUGCUAAUUGUCGCCAAUGGUGACUAUUUCGGAGUCAAAUGUGACCCUAGGGAAUUUCCCUUCCAAUCCUUCGCAAGGUGUACCGAGGUCUUGAAGAAGGCCAAUAAAGAUGGCUGUUUCCCACCUGCAGUAGUAAGGUUCUACAGUGUCUCCUACAUAAAAGAAGACCCCUCCCAGCGUGCAUGGGUGCUGCCACCAAGCCCACUUUUACCAAACGAGCAGGCUAUCAUGAUGUCUCAUGAUUCAGCUUUUGAAGCGCUAAAUAGACAACUUUCCGACGACAUGGCCAAGAGUGUCUAUUCUCUGCUGGAUAAUGCGAUUAAAGUUCUGAAAAAGGAGUCAUUGUGCGAGGAGUUUAUCCUCUGGGGCAGCUGCACGUUCCAAACGGAGAACAGCUGCCAUUAUACCCAUUCUUUACUGUCCCGGGAUAUUUCCCUGUCAAGACUCGAACUGUUAAACUCGUCGCUAGAGAUGAUCCUAUGUCUUACACUCCCUUUCCAGCAAAGACUGUUUGGAGAUGUAGCUUAUGCUAUUAGAUAUAGAGGGACAGUUCGUACUUGGCUUGAGCAGUUGCUCAUUACGACCACUUUUGUGUCCGAAUUCACAACACACCCCUUAAUUAAUAUAGGAUCUCUAUAUUCAAACCCGAGAGACUCCGAGAGGGGCGUGCGUAACGCGCUUGAGGAGUUACUCUACUACCGCAUUACCCGCUGGAAAGUUAACGAUAUGUCCUUUUCGCUCCUUCUACAACAGGUGGACCUAGCCGAUGCUUUAAAUAUCGGUGAAAUCUUCGGGCGAAAAAUUAUCAGCCGAAUCGAUUGGGGCCGUUUGAGCCCGGUAAAAACAAAGCCAUUUAGUUCUUUCUGGGAUAUCCUACGCCUUCGAAGUGCCUUGAGGGAAGGAGAUUUGGCGCUUGCGAUUGAGUUAAUGUGGCAUAUACAUCCUAUGCAGUUAGAUCUGGAUUCUCCGGAAGUACAAUAUUUCCAUGGCGUGAUAGGUUUCUGGGAGCAGUGCUGUGCAUUCCUUAUUGUUAUAUCAUCAUCCGACGAGUUUCUUAUCAAAGAUAAUUGGCGUAAGAUCCAUCUGACAUAUUUCUUCCCAUGUCUAGUAGCAUUUGAUGCCCUGCCCCUUAAUGAGUGCAGAGAGAUCGCAGAAGCCGCCAAAACCAUUCUGGCGACCAUUGCCCAGUACGUACUUGAAUCGCUUCAAAAGAUCCAAUCGUGCAGAUACGCAACGCUCCGGAUGACAUGGAAUAAACGCCCAGAUAUCUUGAUUAGACGCGUGCUGGAUAUGCUUGCAAUAUGUUUAUGCAAUAUGCAACAGUAUACUGGAAACAAGAUAAGGCCGGCUCCAGAAAACGAUUUCCUAACGGGCAUUAUACAAGCAUGGAACUUUUGGUGCCAUAAAAAGACCAUUAAUGCUCAGGAAUCUGAGCUUGACAUCAAUAAGUUCAUGGUCAUCUUUGCGGACGCGUUCAGUAGUUCGUACAGCGGCAUCGAAACUUUGGCCCUGUACCAAAAAUCAAGUUUGCGACAGCCUUAUAGCAAAUUCCGAAUUAUGCGGACUGCCUGGAAGGUAAAAAGGGGCCAAUUCCAAUCCCUUUCGUCGUUCAAUAAGCAGAAACAUCCUCAGGCAAAGGCGUCCAAGCAUGAAAGGGUGGAGAACGGGCACACUGACGACGGUGCCCAAGCGGCGCUCACAAAGGCAGAGAUCAUGGCUGCGUCAAUGAUUCAGUCGUUCUGGAAGAAGUACUGGCCAAUAUUGCUGAAGUGGAGAGAAUUCGAGAAGACAGAUGAGGGAAUGGCCACAAAGGUGAUGGACGGCCUCUGCAAGACACUGGGAGAUACUGUGGACGAAGUAUUGCCGAAGAAAAGGUUGAGGUGGGCUCUACUCCACGAGCUGGGGGUGCCUAUUUUCGUCAAGCUUGUUCAAGCCGAGCGCAGCCUCGACAACACGCUAUCGGAGAUGAUAGUGAAAAUGAAAGCAGAGGAUCUCAAGUGGAUUGAGAGAGAGAUGCUGGAUGAAAAUUACCAGAGUCUGCGUCGGGUGAGGCAACAUUUGGUGGAUGUGAAGGCCCUUGUUUUGGACAAGGAGGUCGUGGCCUGCCCGGUGGAGGAGUUGAGAUACAAAUUGACCGAAGUAGAGGCCCUAGCGAUGGAAAUAGAUCACUCAGUAGGGGAUAUUAUGGGGGAGAUCACGAGGAUCGAGGAUCAAGUUGCCGGGAGAAGGGCUUCAGAUUCACUGAAAACACACGGAGAGCAGCAGAGAUUGAAAUGA